CAAUAAGCAGCGUCAAGUUGCAAGCUUUGCUCCUUUUCCUCGUCCUUUCGUCUCCAUUUGCAACACCAAAGAAACCUCGCUCACCUUAAUCCCCCUUUUUCGAUGUUUCCAUCUUCACGAUUCACUCAAAUCAGCCGGCGAAGAAGAUGAACCAGCCGGACCCAAGACAGCCGCCGCAGACGCCCAAGAAAGAGAUCCACCUCCAAGGCCCCCGUCCUCCUCCUCUCAAAGUCAGCAAAGACUCCCACAAGAUCAAGAAGCCUCCCCCACACCCGCCGCCCAGAGCUCCGCCCCAUGCCCAACAACAACAGCAACAACCGCAGCAGCCUGUUAUUAUCUACGCCGUCUCUCCCAAGGUCAUCCACGCCACCGUCUCCGACUUCAUGUCCAUCGUCCAGCGCCUCACCGGCCCGUAUUCUUCGUCUAUAUCUCCGUCCGGCGCCGGAGCCCUCUCUCCCGCUGCGAGGAUCGCCUCCAUCGAGAAAACCAGUCCGUCGGACAGAGAGAGAGACCGAGCCGGCAACGCUGCCGCGGUUAUGGGUAUGGUGGAAGGAGAGGGAAUGGUAGAACUGGGUCAGGCUUAUCCAGGAAUAUUAUCUCCUGCGCCGGCGACUUUGGCUCCAAUUCCCGAGGGUUUCUUCUCUCCAGUAAAUGAACAACACAGCUUUCCUAUGUUCCACGAUCUGAGUCCGUUUUGGCAUAAUGGGUUCACGGCGAGUCCUUCGGGGUUGCUGUCGGCUCCUUUGAUUUCUCCAUCUCCUUCUUCGAUAGACUUAUUCAACAAUUUUUUGGACUUUUAAGGCUUUAGCCCUGUGCCGCCGUGCUUUGGAAGGAAGAAAAAACCACGAAAACGCCUGCAAAUUUCCCCAUAACAAAGUGAUUCACCCAAACCAAGUGUGCACAAUUUAGAGGGACAGAGAGAGGCCGGCUCUCUUCUUCGCAAUUCCCAAUGAGGUGGGACCGUGGGAUAGAAGAUGGAUUCAAAAAGAAGAAAAACCAUAUUUUUGGUUAAAAAAAAAUUGAAAACACGUCCCGAACCAAACCACCGAUUCCAUCCCCAUUUGAAAUGCAUUUCUGAAAUCCUAAAACUGAAAACCUCAUCCUGCGCCUCUGAGCUUCAUUUCCGGCAGAAACCAAGCACCAUUUCAGGUAGUAGCUCCAUUUCCGGCAGGGUCCGAGCUCCAUUUCCGGCAUAAACAAAGGUCCUUCCCGCCUCCCUGGUUCAGGACUGGAUAGAUUGCAAAAAGAGGUUUUAGGGUUUCAAAUGGGGUUGCAAUGGGGGAUCUGAGGAUUUCCGUUUCAUUUGAAUGUUGUGUGUGUGUGUUAUUUUUUUUUUUUUAAAUAAUGGCCACGUGAAAAGGCCACCUCGGGACCAAACGCAGUGGCACAUUUUCAGGGGUGUAAUUGU